GACCAUCACAUUUCUGCAAAAUCUGAUACAUUUACUAAGCGUUUGUGUCGUGCUGAUAUAUCCACCAUAAAUAACUGAAACAACACGUACCGUGAAGUGCAGCUAACGCAAUCAAAGAGUGCUCUAAUCAAUUAUUCAUUUCAAUUUACCCCGCGAGUAUUGGCCAUGUCAUGCAACCGUUGCAUCUCGCGAACUCUUUCAAGUCCUCGAAGAACUCGGAGAGGCCACAAGCCUCUGUGUUGUGCCACAGAAUUAAUAAAAUAUUCCCAGUCACAGCACGCAUCCAAUACGUUGACCAGGUGGAUCAGGUGGAGUUGGAUCAACAGCAGCGACCGGGCAGCAGCUCCACCGUCAGCGCGUCCACACCGCCACUCCGGAUUUCGCCACAUGGUUCGCCAAACCUGCAGCAAUCGCAGCGCCUGGGCAAGCAUCUCAGCAAAUCCGCCUCGGAGUUGAAUGGUCACGAUUGCCAUCUCAGUGAAUCACCGCACAUAUCACCGAAGAGGGCCAAGAGUGCCGUGGCCCAGCAGUUGGCCGGUGUCGGUUCGGGGGGCGUGGCCAGCGGCGUGGGCGUGCUGCAGAAGACGCACGGAUUCUUCAACAAUCUUCGACAUCGCUGGAGUCGCGCGAAGAGCAAAGAUCGUCUGGGUCGCAAGUCGCCCAGUGAUUUUCUAGAAGAGAGCACCGACUAUGCGGCGGAUUAUAGUUCCGAAAGUAGCUCCGUGACGCAGAGUCCUCGGCAUCGCAGCACCACCAUUGGUGGCUCACCACUGGCCCGGGAAUUCCGCGCUACGGCCAAGAUGGCGCAGGUUAUCCAGAGAUUUGGGGGCUCCAUGGAGGGCAGGAUAGAUGAGCAUCCGGAGAACGGUUCGGCAGGCUGCAGUCCACCGGAAUUGACCACCCAACAGCAACUGGAGGCCCUGCAGGCCAACGAGCUGCGUCGCAAGCGCGAAGCCCAAUUACGUCAAUUCGUCUUCUUUCAGCUGCGCGUGCAUCUCAAAUCCGGCAGUGACCUGGUGGCCAUGGACAAGAAUGGACUGAGUGAUCCUUAUGUCAAGUUCAAGGUCGGCGGCCGCCUCCUCCACAAGUCGCGCACCAUUCACCGGGACCUGAAUCCCGUGUGGGACGAGGUCUUCAUCGUGCCCAUCGAGGACCCCUUCCAGCCGAUUAUCGUCAAGGUUUUCGACUACGAUUGGGGACUGCAGGACGAUUUUAUGGGCUCGGCCAAGCUAGACUUAACCCAAUUGGAACUGGGCAAGGCCGAGGACAUCCACCUGCAGCUGUGCGAUUCCAGCGGAAACGGCGGAAGUGGCUUGGGCGAGAUACUCAUCAAUUUGACGCUGUGGCCGCGCAGUCAGGAGGACAAGGAAAUGCACUUCCAGCGCAACUCGAAGCUGGCUGAGUCAUCGAAGCGAUUGAAGUCACAGAUCUGGAGCUCGGUAGUCACCAUACUGCUGGUUAAAGCCAAGGAUUUGCCUUUAGCUGAAGAUGGCAGCAAGUUGAAUGAUACUCACUUCAAAUUCAGAUUGGGCAAUGAGAAGUACAAGAGCAAGUCUUCCUGGACGGAGCGCUGGCUGGAGCAGUUCGACCUGCACCUGUUUGAUGAAGAUCAAAACCUGGAGAUCGCACUUUGGAACCGGAACACCCUCUAUGGCAAAGCCAUUAUAGACCUCAGCGUUUUUCAGCGCGAAAACACGCACGGCAUUUGGAAGCCCCUAGAAGAUUGCCCUGGUGAAGUCCACCUCAUGCUCACUAUAAGUGGAACCACUGCCUUGGAGACGAUCAGCGAUCUGAAGGCCUUCAAGGAGGAUCCUCGAGAGGCUCAAUUGCUAAGGGAAAGAUAUAAAUUCCUAAGAUGCCUCCAAAAUCUCCGCGAUGUGGGUCACCUAACUGUAAAAGUAUUUGGAGCCACUGGACUGGCUGCAGCGGAUAUAGGUGGAAAAUCCGAUCCCUUUUGUGUAUUGGAACUGGGUAACGCCCGCCUACAAACCCAAACUGAGUAUAAAACACUCACUCCUAAUUGGAAUAAGAUAUUUACUUUCAACGUUAAAGACAUCACGCAGGUCCUGGAGAUCACCGUCUUCGAUGAGGAUCGCGACCAUCGCGUAGAGUUCCUGGGCAAACUAGUCAUUCCCCUCCUAAGGAUCAAAAGUGGAGUCAAGCGAUGGUAUACACUGAAGGACAAGAACCUCUGUGUGCGGGCCAAAGGAAACUCACCGCAAAUUCAGCUGGAACUGACAGUAGUUUGGAGCGAGAUCCGUGCCGUGUGUCGAGCCCUGCAGCCCAAGGAGGAAAAGCUCAUCCAGCAGGAGGCCAAGUUCAAGCGACAGCUCUUCCUGCGCAACGUCAAUAGACUCAAGGAGAUAAUCAUGGAUAUCCUGGAUGCAGCGCGCUAUGUCCAGAGCUGCUUUGAGUGGGAAUCCCCUGUGCGAUCCAGCAUAGCUUUCGUCUUAUGGAUAGUCGCCUGUGUUUAUGGCGAUCUGGAGACAGUACCUCUAGUUCUGCUGCUCAUCAUACUUAAAAACUGGCUGGUUCGCCUUAUAACAGGCUCCACUGAUGCAGCUGCUCACUACGACUAUGAGUACGAUGAAGAUGAUGAUGAUGACAAGGAGAAGGAGGAAAAGAAGUCCAUCAAGGAGAGAUUACAGGCCAUUCAAGAAGUCUCCCAAACGGUACAGAAUACCAUCGGCUACCUGGCUUCGUUAGGCGAGAGCACCAUGAACACAUUCAACUUUUCCGUCCCCGAACUGACCUGGCUGGCUGUGGUUUUGCUAUUGGGUGCCAUUCUGGUCCUGCAUUUUGUCCCGCUCCGCUGGCUGCUGCUCUUCUGGGGCCUGAUGAAGUUCUCCAGACGUUUGCUGAGACCCAAUACCAUUCCCAACAACGAGCUACUGGACUUCCUAUCGCGAGUGCCAGAUAAUGAGGAGAUUAAUCAAUAUCGAGAGCUGCCACCAUCGGCACCCACCGAUCAGACGCGCAACAAUCCCAAGAAGAAACUGAAAGGAUCAUAGUCCAUAACCAGCGCUGAUGCG